CGGGCGGAGCGCGCACCUGGAACGCCCGGGCGGAGGCGGGCCCGAGGAGGACGGUCCCAGGCCCAACCCUCCCGCGGCCCGGCCCGCCCCUGCGCCGGCGCUGGAAGCCGGAAGCGGGCUGAGUAGAGCAGACCCCGCUUCGCCUCCGAAGGGCAAUCCUCGGCGCUCCCUCGCUGCGCCCCGACGCCGGGCCGCGAGCCCUCGCGACAGCGCUGGGGCCAUGCGGGCUCCGCGCCGCCAGCCACCGAUCGUUCCGGGGCCCCCGCUGGGGCCGCUGCUCCUGCUCCUGAGCGCAUUGGCCGCGGGCCACGCCUCCCUGAGGCUGCUGGACCACCCGGCGCCCGUCUGCUCCCAGCCGGGGCUGAACUGCACAGUCAAGAACAGUACCUGCUUGGAUGACAGCUGGAUCCACCCUCGAAACCUGACCCCCUCAUCCCCAAAAGACGUCCAAAUCCAGCUGCACUUCACCCACACGCAGCAUGGAGACCUGUUGCCUGUGGUUCACAUCGAGUGGGUGCUGCAGACCGACGCCAGCAUCCUGUACCUCGAGGGUGCAGAGCUGUCGAUCCUGCAGCUGAACACCAAUGAACUUCUGUGCGUCAAGUUUGAGUUUCUGUCUAAACUGAGGCACCACCACAGGCGGUGGCGUUUCACCUUCAGCCACUUUGUGGUAGACCCUGACCAGGAGUACGAGGUGACCGUUCACCACCUGCCCAAGCCAAUCCCUAAUGGGGACCCUAAUCACCAGUCCAGAAACCUCCUCGUGCCUGGCUGCGAGGACCCCAGGAUGAAGGUCACCACGCCCUGUGUGAACUCAGGCAGCCUGUGGGAGCCCAACGUCACUGUGGAGGCCUCGGAGGCCCACCAGCUGCGUGUGGGCUUCGCCCUGUGGCACGAGCCUGCCCGCUACCAGCUCCUGCUGAGCAGCUUCCCCCGCGCCGAGGACCACGUCUGCUUUGAGCACGUCCAGCACGUAGCUGCGCCCAGACGCGAGGACUUCCAACAGCGAUCCAACGUCACGCUCACUGUCCACAACUCCAACUGGUGCUGCCACCACCGCGUGCAGAUCCAGCCCUUCUUCAACAGCUGUCUCAACGACUGCCUCCGCCACUCCGUGACGGUUCCCUGCCCAGACGUCCCGGAGACUCUAGACAUGGCUGCAGAGUCCCCGCCCCUGUGGGUGUACGGCUUCGUCACUGGCGUCUCCCUCCUGCUGGUGGGCUCCGUCAUCCUGUUCAUCCUCUGCAUGACCUGGCGGCUGUCCGGGUCUCAUCAUGAGAAAUAUGGUAAUGACACCAAACACACGGAUGUCCUGCCUGCAGCUGACCUGACCCCCCCUGCCCUGAAGCCAAGGAAGGUCUGGAUCGUCUACUCAGCCGACCACCCUCUCUAUGUAGAUGUCGUCCUAAAAUUCGCCCAGUUCCUGCUCACCGUCUGUGGCACUGAAGUAGCCCUCGACCUGCUGGAGGAACAGGUCAUCUCGGAGGUGGGGGUCAUGACCUGGGUAGGCCGCCAGAAGCAGGAAAUGGUGGAGAGCAGCUCCAAAAUCAUCGUCCUGUGCUCCCGAGGUACCCAGGCCAAGUGGCAGGCUAUCCUUGGCUGGGAGGAGCCCGGCGUCCAGCUGCGGUGUGACCGCAGGAAGCCCGCUGGGGACCUGUUCACGGCGGCCAUGAACAUGAUCCUGCCGGACUUCAGGAAGCCGGCCUGCUUCGGCACCUACAUCAUCUGCUACUUCAGCGGCAUCAGCAGUGAGGACGACGUCCCUGACCUCUUCAACAUCACUUCCAGGUACGCCCUCAUGGACAGGUUCGAGGAGGUGUACUUCCGGAUCCAGGACCUGGAGAUGUUCGAGCCUGGCCGCAUGCACCGCGUCGGGGAGCUCGCAGGCAAAAACUACCUGCACAGCCCCAGCGGCUGGCAGCUCAGGGAGGCCGUGGAGCGGUUCCGGGAGUGGCAGGCCCGGUACCCCGACUGGUUUGAGCACGAGAACCUGUGCUCAGCGGAUGACCAGGACCUCCCGUCCCUGGAUGAAGAGGUGUUUGAAGAGCCUCUGCUGCCGCCGGGAGCGGGCAUCGUCAGGCAGAGGCCCGUGGUGCGGGAGCCUGCCUCCACGGACGGGCUGGCGGUGAGCGUGCUGCUCAGCGAGGAAGGAGGGGCAGUGUGGAAGCUGGAGCCUCAGCUGCCGCCAGAGGGGCAGCCCCUGCAGACCACGGUGCUCCCAGCUGAGAAGGUCCCUCCGGCUCAGGCCCCGAGCCCGGCCAGCCGGCUCGCUGUGCUAGAGGAAGGCGAGGCCCACCCGCUGCUGGGGGGCUGUGGCCCUCAGCAGAACAGUGUGCUCUUCCUGCCCGGGGACUCAGGGGGCCCGCCUGGCUGCGGCGCCCUGCUGGCGUCUCCCGAGCCUCUCCCGAGCGAGAUGCGAGAGCAGCUGGAAGGCUUGAUGCUCUCACUCCUCCAGCAAGACCCCUACACGCCCUGCGAGGAGGAGCAGCGGCAGUCAGUGCAGUCUGACCAGGGCUACAUCUCGCGGAGCUCCCCACAGCCCCCCGACGGACCCAGGGAAAUGGAGGAGGAUGAAGAGGAGGGGGAGGAGGACGGGGAGGAGGAGGGCCUGGGGGAGUCGGCCAAGCUGCUCUCUCUGGAGGACCUGGAGAGCUUGAGGAGCCUGCAGCGACAACUGCUCUUCCAAGAGCUACAGAAGAAUGCUGGCUGGGACAGGGUGGGGUCAGAGAGGCCAGCUGUGCCAGGGCAGGCCCCCUCCUAGGGGCUACCGGGUCCCCAGCGUCGAGAGGGGUUUGUGUGCAUGUGGGUGUACAUGUGUAUGUGUUUGUGUGUACAUGUCUGUGCAUGUAUGUGUGUGUGUGUGAAGCGUGUGCUUGCGAUUGUAGACAUGUUGACUCAUCCCUAGGCACCCCCUAACUUUCCAUUAUGUGGCCAUCUGAUUGUCGUCCGUCCCCACAGGAACCCACAGCCUGUUUCCCGGAGCUAAUGGCAGAGUGACCUCGAGUCUCUGUCAUUUGCUUAUUGAUUCAUUCAGCAUUUAUUUUGCACCUACUACGUGCUAGGCAUUUGGGAUUCAAAGAUAAAUUGCACAGGGCAUGGCCCUGGCCCCAAGGAGCCUCACACCCAGUGAGAAGAUACACAAGAAAGGCACCUGGCUGGGGGAGGUUCCUGGAGGAGGUGACGUCUGAGCUAGAGGAGAGGCGUGUUGCCUAGUCGCGGGGUCAGUGCUGGGGGGUGAGCGGGGCUGGAGCAUCAGGUGGCUGGAGUGGAAGGUGGGGUGGAGGGUAGCCAGAGCUCAGCCUGUGGGCCAGGUGGGAGCUGGGACAUCAGCCCUAAGGCCUGGGACUCCUUUCCUGUGAUGGGCUGUGGCCCAGCAGGGGACACAGCUGGGGGCCAGACACACCCGGAGGGGACAGGGUAGAAAUGUGCGAAGUGAAACCCAGCCGCAUUCAGCAGGGAGACGAAUGUGACAUCCUGAGCUCGUGUUUUGGCAGUGAGUCAGCGGGAGAGCUGUGGCGAAGGGUCUGCAGCCCCCCUGAGCUCGGGAAGUGCUGGCGUCCAAGGACAGAGAGACAGAGGGAUGACAGCUGCGGGGCCCACAGCGGGUGGGAGGGAGGGGAGGUCUGGGCAGACCCUUGCCGGGGGGGACAGUGUGCCGGUCUGUACUUCACGGUCUCACGUUUGAGGAGAGGCUCUGGGGCCCAGUGUUUGAAGAAAUUGUUGCUGAAGUGCCUUCUUGGGGUACGCUGAAGGCUUCUGCCUGUUGAGGGGUCCUGAAGAGCACACUGCAGCCAUCAGACCCCGGAACUGCGCGUCUCCGCUCCCGUGCUGCGCCCUGAGCUGCGCUCGCAGUCUUCCACAAGGAGAGGACAGGAAUGCAGAUGGGGCCGUGGUGUGUGUGCACGUACAUACGUGUGCACAAAGGGGAGAUUUCAGUAAAAGAAGGCAUAACUGUUAACUCUGGUAAGAAUUUCUAGUACUUAUUUUGGGUCAGAUACUACUGUAGAUGAAGAAGUUCCUAUUUGUUGAGUUCUUUCCUGCAGUGAGAUUUUGCCUAGUGGCAGCAGGGCCACCAAGGCUCCACGUCCCAGAUGGUGCGUGGCGCGUGCUCAGCCCGGCAGCAGCGAAGGACCAGGCAAAGGAGAAGAGGAACUGAGGCUUCCCAGCCACCAGCCUCGGGCCCCAUCUCUCUUCAGUAAUCCUGGAGGGGAGCGUCACUGGGUGUGGACACCUGCCAAGCUUUCUGUGACAUUCCCCCAGCUUCCAAUAAGCAUUUACUCCGUGACCAGAGUGCAGAAUACCAUGGUCGACUCUUCCCUCGCUAGAGCCAAGGCUCUGCGUGGCAGCAAAGUGGACCCAAGCCACUGUGGUCCCGGUGCCCUGGAGCACUCCUUCACUUCGAUCCCAUUUCUCUCUCCUUGAAUUCUAGCUCUGCUGGCCUUUGAGGCCAUCCUAGUGAAUGUCCCCUAUUGGUGUUGUCCUCUGUGUCCCCUUUAUCUCCAGGAUGGCUGCUUUUUUUCCUAACAGCUUUAUUGAGAUACAAUUCAUAUACCAUUCAAUUCAUAAUUGAUCUGAUCUGUACAAUUCAAUGACUUAGUGUAGUCACAAAGCUCAGCAACCAGCACAAUUUUAGAUCAUUUUAUUACCCCUGAAAGAAACCCAGCUCCCCUUUGUCACCACCCCAACCUUCCCUCUCCGUGCAUUUGCCUCUUCUGGACACAUCCUCUAGAAAUGGAACCAUAAACUUCUCCAGGGUUCUUGACCCUUCCUGAAUGUCACCCCUGUUCCUCCUCACGGUGCCGCCGCCUCCCCUGGAGUCCUCAGGCUCAGGCUGGUCUCUGCUCACAGUCAGUGCUGGGAAUUCUGUCAGCUGAAUGUGUCUGCUGUCAGCCAAACGCCAAGAGCCUCAAGAGCAAGUAUAAAUAAAGCCAGACUUGACACGUA